AUGCCUGCCGCAGGCUUCUCGGGGAUGCCCAUGCAGCCCGUCAAGGAUGACAUCGACACUACAUGGACUUAUUUGCAAGAUGGAAUCACCAUGAUUAUGAUGAACCUCCAGCAGGGUAUCGACCUGCAAACAUACAUGGGGAUCUACACAGCCGUCCACAACUUUUGCACAUCCCAAAAAGCGGUCGGCUUCGCCCUACAGAGCCAUGUUAUCGGAUCGUCUCAGCGGGGCGCUCACCUUCUCGGCGAAGACCUCUACAAAAAGUUGUCGGAGUAUCUAUCCGAGCACUUGAAAGGUCUGGUCACCGAGUCGAAGGCUCACACGGACGAGGCGCUCCUGUCAUUCUACAUCAGGGAGUGGCAACGCUACACGGACGCGGCGAAAUAUAUCCACCACUUGUUCCGCUACCUCAACCGCCACUGGGUCAAGCGUGAAAUCGACGAGGGCAAGAAGCACGUCUACGAUGUCUACACCCUGCACCUUGUACAGUGGCGCGAUGUCCUCUUCUCCAGGGUCUCGGAAAAGGUCAUGGCGGCCGUCCUCAAGCUCGUCGAGAAGCAGCGCAACGGCGAGACCAUCGAACACAACCAAAUCAAGCAGCGUCCGUUCCUCGAUGCGACUAAGGUUUUCUACGAGAACGAGAGCAAGCAGUUCGUGGCCGAGAACAGCGUUGUGGAAUACAUGAAGAAGGCCGAGGGCAACGCCCUUGACGAGGAAGAGGAGCGGGUACUCAUUGCCGACCACUCCACCAUCCUGCGCGACGAGUUCCAGGUUCUCCUCGACAACGACCGGGAAGAAGACAUGGCACGCAUGUACAGCCUCCUGUCGCGCAUCCCCGACGGUCUCGACCCUCUGAGGACAAAGUUCGAGAGCCACGUACGGAACGCCGGUCUUGCCGCCGUCGCCAAGGUGGCAUCAGAUGCCGAUAAGUUGGAGCCCAAGGUCUACGUUGACGCCCUGCUGGAAAUCCAUACCCAGUAUCAAGGACUGGUGAAGCGCGCCUUUAAGGAUGAGCCCGAGUUCACACGGUCCCUCGACAAUGCCUGCAGGGAGUUUGUGAAUCGCAACGAGGUCUGCAAGUCCGGGUCUAAUAAAUCGCCCGAGCUGCUGGCCAAGUACACCGACGUGCUCCUCCGGAAGAGCAGCACGGGUGUGGAGGACGCCGAGCUGGAGACAAGGCUCGUACAGAUCAUGACGGUGUUCAAGUACAUCGAGGACAAGGACGUGUUCCAGAAGUUCUACUCUCGGAUGUUGGCCCGUCGCUUAGUCCACAGCAAUUCAUCGUCGGACGAUGCCGAGACCAGUAUGAUCAACAAGCUCAAGGAGGCGUGCGGGUUCGAGUACACCAACAAGCUGCAGCGUAUGUUCCUGGAUAUGCAGAUCUCCAAGGAUCUCAACUCUGGCUUCCGGGAACACGUCCAGACUCUCGGGACGAAGGGGCUCGACUCGUCAUAUUCGAUCCUGGGCACCGGUUUCUGGCCGCUUACGGCGCCGGGGACCAACUUCGACCCUCCUGAGGAGGUGUCAGCAGACUGCGAGCGCUUCAGCCGUUACUACAAGAACAAGCACGAGGGCCGCAAGCUCACGUGGUUGUGGCAGCUGUGCAAAGGCGAAGUCAAGGCGAACUACGUCAAGAACGCCAAGAUGCCCUACACAUUCCAGGUGUCGAUAUACCAGAUGGCCAUCCUACUCUUGUUCAACGAGAAGGACAAGAACACGUACGAGGAGCUCGCGUCGGCGACGCAGCUCAACAACGAGGCCCUCGACCCCGCGCUCGGCAUCCUCCUCAAGGCCAAGGUCCUCAACCUUGAGCCCGGGAGCGGCGGGGGUUCCAAGGUCGGCCCCGGCUCCAGCUUUACUCUUAACUAUGAGUUUAAGAAUAAGAAGUACCGCGUCAACCUCAACGUGGGCAUGAAGUCAGAGACUAAGCAGGAGGAGGCCGAGACCAACAAGACGAUUGAAGAAGAUCGUAAGCUGUUGUUGCAGUCGGCCAUUGUGCGCAUCAUGAAGGCGCGCAAGCACAUGAAGCACCAGCAGCUUGUCAGCGAGGCCAUCAACCAGAUCCGUGCCCGAUUCGUGCCUAAGGUUAGCGAUAUCAAGAAGUGUAUCGAGAUCUUGCUCGACAAGGAGUACCUUGAGCGCCUGGAGGAGGAUGAGAUCGGCUAUCUGGCCUAA